CGGGGGCGGGAGGCACAGGCUGAGGCGGUCGCAACGGCGACGGAUUGAACCGACUUGUAGCCGGCGAUUGAGAGGUCCUCGCAGUUGGGCGAUGUGAGUGUGGAACCCUUGGCAGAAGUCAAUGUGAUUUCAAUUUGAAGCAAAACUGAAAAAUGCGUCUCUCUUCAUUCAUUCAUACUGCUUUUUGAUGAUCAUGGCAUAAGGAACUUUAACCCAGGAAUACAGCUUUACAUUAGCACGGAACAAGAUUUGUGAUGAAAUGGAGCCUGGAACAAACUCUUUUCGAGUAGAAUUUCCUGAUUUUUCCAGCACCAUUCUACAGAAACUGAACCAGCAGCGCCAGCAGGGACAAUUAUGUGAUGUCUCCAUUGUUGUCCAAGGCCAUAUUUUCCGGGCACACAAAGCUGUUCUUGCUGCCAGUUCACCCUACUUUUCUGACCAGGUACUGCUGAAAAACAGCAGGAGAAUUGUCUUACCUGAUGUGAUGAACCCAAGAGUGUUUGAGAACAUUCUCCUAUCUAGUUACACAGGACGUCUAGUAAUGCCUGCUCCAGAAAUUGUUAGUUACUUAACAGCAGCAAGCUUCCUCCAAAUGUGGCAUGUGGUAGACAAGUGCACUGAGGUUUUAGAGGGAAACCCUACCGUCCUUUGUCAAAAGCUAAACCAUGGUAGUGACCACCAGUCUCCAAGCAGCAGUAGUUAUAAUGGUCUGGUAGAGAGCUUUGAGCUGGGCUCAGGGGGGCAUGCUGAUUUCCCCAAAGCCCAGGAACUGAGGGAUGGAGAAAAUGAAGAGGAAAGCACCAAAGAUGAGCUGUCUUCUCAGCUCACUGAGCAUGAAUACCUUCCCAGCAACUCAUCCACAGAGCAUGACCGGCUGAGCACUGAGAUGACAAGCCAGGAUGGGGAGGAGGGGGCCAGUGACAGCGCCGACUUCCACUACACCCGGCCCAUGUACAGCAAGCCCAGCAUAAUGGCUCACAAACGUUGGAUCCACGUGAAGCCUGAGCGCUUUGAACAGGCUUGCGAGGGCAUGGACGUGCAUGCCACCUAUGAUGAGCACCAGGUCACUGAGUCCAUCAAUACCAUGCAGACAGAGCAUUCAAUCCAGCCUUCAGGAGUGGAGGAGGACUUUCACAUUGGGGAAAAAAAAGUAGAAGCAGAGUUUGAGGAACAGGCUGAGGAAAGCAAUUAUGAUGAACAGGUGGAUUUCUAUGGCUCUUCCAUGGAAGAGUUUUCUGGAGAGAGGUCGGAUGGGAAUCUAAUUGGGCACAGACAGGAGACUUCCCUAGCGGCAGGCUACAGUGAGAAUAUUGAAAUGGUAACAGGAAUUAAAGAAGAAGCUUCUCACUUAGGAUUCUCAGCCACUGACAAGCUGUAUCCUUGUCAGUGUGGAAAAAGUUUUACUCACAAGAGUCAGAGAGAUCGACAUAUGAGCAUGCACCUCGGUCUUCGGCCUUAUGGCUGUGGUGUCUGUGGUAAGAAAUUCAAAAUGAAGCAUCAUCUUGUGGGACACAUGAAAAUUCACACAGGCAUAAAGCCGUACGAGUGUAAUAUCUGUGCAAAGAGAUUUAUGUGGAGGGACAGUUUCCAUAGGCAUGUGACUUCUUGUACCAAGUCCUACGAAGCUGCAAAGGCUGAGCAGAAUACCACUGAGGCUAACUAAAAAUAGGAUCUGGCCCUUGAGUGGCAUGCACAAAAAUAAACUAUGGUAAUUAUGCAAAUCUGGGCACAGAUGAUGCAUGCUACUUGCUAUUAUGAGAGAAGCUUUAAAAAAGGAAAGAAGAUAUUUCUGAAAGACCAGCUCUAAGCAGGCCAAUUAAAAAAAUCUAAUUCCUCAUAUUUUAUAUAUUCCAGUCCUAGCCUAGAGGAGGUAAUGGGGGUAAGUUAACCCACCUCCCGACUGGCAACUUAAACCUUCGUGCCAGUUGUGAUUGAGGCAAGUGGACUUUGUGCUGUAGACACCUGCACUUGGACCUGGACUCCCACCCACCAGUUUCAUUUCAGGUGGCAGCAGUUUUUGAUCACUCAUUAUUACCAGGUCAUGUUGAAAUUUUAUUUUGCUCUUACUAUAGAUACUUAGGUAAUGUGGAUUUGUUUUGGUAGCUGCUUCACUGAAUGAAAUGCUACUUUUGUAAAAGCUACAAAUAAUGUGAUUCCUAGAAUGAGAAAAUUUAUUAACAGA